CGUCGAAACAGCUUAAAUGGCUAUUGCAGGAUGUUGAUUUAUGCGGAAUGAACUUCAUGACAGACACCCCCCUUCUUCUUCUCUUCUUUUCUUUUUUUUUCUUUUUUUUUUUUUUUUUUUCUCUCAGUUAUAUUGGAAACCUGUGGAAACCUGUCUUUUCCCGUUCGGCCUCGAAAAAAAAAAAGAAUCUCAUUCAGCCUUCUCGCGCAAGUGUCGGAGUUUGAAGGUGGUUUUACCAAUACCUACGUUAGGCGAAAAGGACAAUUGAUAUUAUGUACUGUAUCUGAUAUUUUUGGUGAAUGUUUAUUCCGUUUUUCUUUUUCUUUCCUUGCCUCCAGGCAUACAUAGAAUCUGAUCUAUCUAUACCGUGUGGAUUACGG